GGGGGCGACAGCGCAGUUUGUAUAUCAAUGACCGUCAGUUCAAGUUUGUGGAUGUUUUCAGCUCUGUCAGUGACGCGGGCAUUCUCCUGUCGGGAUGUUUAAUUUUCCGGCUGUGGCAUGGGUCGUGGUGCUGCUGUGUGGGUGGGUUCGGUCCGGCGUCGCCUGCUCCGGACUGCUGCUCUGUCGGUCCUGCGGGCACGAGGUUGCGGAAGUCGCGGACUUGAGGUACGUGGCCAGCCGCAUGGCACUGUCGCACCGGAACGACACGGUAAUCGGAGAGAAACGCAUCUCCGUUCAGCUCUUCGAAAAUCCUCAAGGCUUUCAGUUUGAGGUCGUCACGUUUAAGCGCGCGGAUGUUUUAAAGCACUGGCCGGCUGACAGUCACUUCACCUGGUUUCCUGGUUACUCGUGGACGGUUACCACGUGCCCGCGGUGCAAAACACAUCUAGGUUGGGCGUUUCAGCCGAGUGAUUGGCCCAGCACAGUGACCAGAGAGGAGUUUGAGGGUUCAGAUCAAACAUUUGUGGCACUCAUAGCCGAUAGGUUACUACAGGAACACUUUGCAUCCACGUUGCUGAUGACACCCAAAUCUUUCAGAAGUUGACAAAUUGCCUGACCCAACUUUAUACCUUUCAAUAAAGUUAUUUUUAUGAGAAUUAUUUAAAGCAA